AUGAAUAUGUUGUGUAUUUUAAAUUGGAAUUAUGUACGGGUAAUAAAUAGGUCGGUGCCCACUGUCCGCGAACACCUCGUUGAGAAUUUUGGAAAGGCUGCUAUGGAAAGCCAACGAGAACUGGAUCAUUCAGCAAUCCCCUUGCUCUGUGAUGCGAUUACAAAAGAGGAUUUGAUGGAAAAAAGUGGUUGUGCCACUGAAGAAGCGGUAUGCAACAAUGGGGCUCCGUUGGUGACCGAUCAGCAACCGAAUGACGACCAAGUUGUUAAUUCACAAGUCGCGAGCCCCAAAGAUUUGAGUUAUAUAGAUGACUGA